AUGGCUUCCGUCCCGAGUGUGCAAUGCUUCGGCAAGAAGAAGACGGCCACCGCUGUCGCCCACUGCAAGCAAGGCAAGGGCCUCGUCAAGGUUAACGGCCAGCCCCUCUCCCUGGUCCAGCCCGAGAUCCUCCGCUUCAAGGUCUACGAGCCCCUCCUGAUCGUCGGCGUUGACAAGUUCGCUGGUGUCGACAUCCGUGUCCGUGUCACCGGUGGUGGUCACACUUCCCAGGUCUACGCCAUCCGUCAGGCCAUCGCCAAGUCCAUCGUCGCCUACUACCAGAAGUACGUCGAUGAGCACUCCAAGAACCAGCUCAAGCAGGCUCUUGCUCAGUACGACCGCACACUCCUCGUUGCCGACAACCGUCGCGCCGAGCCCAAGAAGUUCGGUGGUCGCGGUGCUCGCUCCCGCUACCAGAAGUCCUACCGUUAA